AUGUCUACCGCGUUCCCUUGGCGAUAUGUAUACAUAGAGGUCACUGGCUCCCAAUCGUUACGUAUCAUUGAUAUUAAAGUUAGUAAGCUUCAUUGUGAGAUUUCUUAUAAGAAAAGACGAGAAGUUUUUGUUGUUAAAGACUGCGGCAGUCAAAAUGGCACCUACAUCAAUGACAGCAGACUCAGUCAGCCUAAAGAAGCUAGCAAGUCCUAUUUACUCCAGCAUGGUGACUAUUUAAAGAUUGGUGGUACUUCGUUCCUGUUACACAUUCAUCGUGGUAUGGCCUCCUGCAGUGAGUGCUCCUCUAUGGGUAUCAGUGUUGUAGGGGCGGCUGAUGGGGGCGGAGCUAGCAACGAUGAGUCACUGGAGAUGCAGCGAAGGAAAGGACUUAAUAAAUUGAAAAAGAAAUACGGACUGAGGCUGAAGGAUUCCUUUGGAGAUGAACUUCACAAGUUACCCGAGAAUUAUACUGACAAAGCAGCUGCUAGGAGGAAGAGGUAUGGUAUUGAACUACCACAAUCAGCUAUUAGAGAUGAUAGUCCAUCAACAGUGAAUGAGUAAGAAAGAUUGUAUUUCAUAAUAUACAUGUACAUGUAUACAGUAUAGCCUCUCUUAAUGGACACUCUCUAUA